AUGAAGCUCUGGGCUGUAAAAUUGCACUAUGAGCGUCAAGUAUUAUUUUAUAGCAUCAUCCGAUGUGCUGUAUCAGAUGCGCCUGCAGUACAGGGCCAAGAUUUGCACCUUGAUGACACCUUCGCUCCUGCCUUGGUUGGCUUGGUCUUGUACCCUUUCCGUGUUGGACGGGAAGGUACUCCUGCCUUGGGCAAAACUAAGUUCUUUCUUGCUUCCGUCCUAUCCAAACAGGAUCCAGUCUACUGCAAGCCUGUCCAAUGUUUCCCAAUUGCAGUACCGGACACAACGCCAACCAGCUUCCACCAGAACUUAGCUUCAGGACGUAUCCUUGGACCAGCUGGUGAAACCCUACCUCAAGGUACUCCGUUUAGAGUUCGAAAUCAUGCCUGGUGGUCUUGGUCACCUUCCGUUCUGUAUAAUAGCAGCCAGCUAUCGUCUCACGGAAGCAAGGAGUACCAUCAAACAGCUGGUCAGAACGCGUCGUUGCCUGGGCUAGGAAGAUCUGAAUCAAUAGUGAGAGCAUUCAAAGCGCCCUUGGCGUGUAGGAUCGUCCGUCGUCACCGACAUACAUCCACACGCAUGUCUUUCCAAGACAAAGUGGGAUUCAAAUUCGGAUUUCACGAUGUCCACCUUUGGGGGCGCAAUUAA